AUGGCAUCUUUGUCAUCUCGAUCAUCAAAAAGUUCAAAAAAAUCUGCAUCAUCAACUGCAAAGAUUGUGCGAGUUGAUGAAACUUUCAAUACUCGCCAAUCAAGAAAGAGUCCAAAGAAUGCUUCUACUCCAGGUAUUAAAAAUGGCGGUAUAUCUCGACGACGAUCUGCUCCAAGUUUCCAUCGUUCAAGAAACUCACAAAUACAAUCAAAAAUAACAACAUCGCAAAGAUCAACAAGUAAUUCAGACCAACAUGUAAUGGGAAGCAACAAUGAAGGUGAAGAUGAUAAUAUAGACCAAAAUAUUGAUCUGUUAAAUAUUUCAUCUGCAUCAACAGCCACAGAAUAUAUGGAAACAUCUCAACAGCCUGAUGAUGAUAAUUCUCCUGCUUCAGCUGAAAGCCACAACCGAAAUGGACGAAUUAUUUCAAAAAAUGAACUAUUGAAUCAAUAUUUUACGAAACUUAAUACUGGUGGUUAUCUUUGCAAAUUAUGUGCUGGUACCGAAAAUUCUAACAAGGUGCACAAAGAAGUAGCUAAUUCUGAUUCGAAUUUACGUUUCCAUUUGGCACGUCAACAUAAACUUACACAUGUGCUAUAUCCAUCUCAACGUUCACGACAACAAGUAAAGCCACAACUUUUAUCUGGUGAUUGGAAAAAAAAAUUAGAUAAUGCUCUGAUAUAUGCCGUUAUAAAAGACUUUCGUCCUUUUGGUGAUUUUCGUAAGGCAGGGUUUCAACACUUUCUACAGGUUGUUUUGCCUGAUACGAAUUAUAAAGGUCCACAUCGUACAACGAUCAGAAAACGAAUGGCAGCUUUAUAUCGUUUAUGUCGUAAAGCUUUAAUCGAUGAAUUAUCUUCUGUUAGCGAUAUUGCAUUGACAGUGGACUCUUGGUCUAGUCCUCGUCGUGUUCAUUUUGUUUGUAUUACAGGACAUUAUUAUGAUAAAGAAUUCGGAUAUUUAUCUAAAGUUAUAUCAUUUCGUCAAUUUAUCGGACGUAGUUUUGCUUUACGUAUACGUCAAUUUAUCCGUUCUGAAUUAAACAAAUUAAAAAUUAAUAAUAAAAUUAGUUCCAUUACAACAGAUAAUGAACCGAAUAUCAAGUUGGCAACUAAUACGAAAGAAUUCGGAAUUCAUAUUCCAUGUCUAGCACAUGGGAUGAAUUUGACUGUGACAAAUGGUCUUCAUAUUUGGGGUGAAAACAAGUAA